GUAUUAUAUUAUUAUUGUAUUUACAUAAAGUCAUAAAUAUUUGGUAUAUAGUAUAUACUUAAAUUAAGAGUUAAGAACGUGAUCCCUAGUUUACUACUGCUAUGAGUAUUUUCUAUAUAUUUCAAUUUUUUUUCGUAACUCGUAGAGAACCAUAUAAGUCAUAACUCAAUUAUUGAAUGUUGUUGUACUUCUAUCAUUUAAUAGCUACCUCCAAAUUUUUUUUUGAUUUCAGUCUUCUCUAUAGAGACGAUUGCCUAUUAAAUUGUAUCAAAAAUUACCUAUGUUUAUUAUUUUGCGUUUUUAAUCCCAAUGAACUUAACAUCAUUAAAAUGUUCCAUUUGUUUUAUUUAACAAGGCUGAAGACUGUUUUUGAAUUGACCAAACACAAAUUAAAUGAAUAUAUUUGUUAUUGUUUAGUAUUGCUUUUUGCUUUUACUAUUAUUUACAAUGAAUGGUUGGUGUACUCACUGUAUGCAAGUAAAUGGCCAACAUUAUACUGUGGUAAUGAUAAGUUUUGUAAAACCAUCUUACUAGUUGCUGAUCCGCAAAUGUUAGGAGAAGAAAGAGAAAAUGUAAUAUCACGCUGGGAUAGCGAUCGAUAUUUAUUUAAUACAUAUGGUCGAGCAUUGCAGCAUGUUAACCCUGAUAAUGUUAUAUUUAUGGGUGACUUAAUAGAUGAAGGAUCAUUAGCUGAUCAAAAAACUUUUGAACGUUAUUUACAUAGAUUUAGUAAAAUAUUUUUUUUUAAAAACACAGUUCCUCUUGCAUCCAAAAAUGUAAUUUUUAUUCCAGGAGAUAAUGACAUUGGUGGGGAUGAAGAAAUUGUAAUUCGAGAAAAAGUCGAUAGAUUUCAUCUCUACUUUGGUUCACCAGGAGUAAUUGAAUAUGAAAAGAUAGAAUUUAUCAUGGUAAACCAAUUGAUAGAUUCAAUGCCAAUAAAUACCAAUCCAACAAAUCGCACAAAUACUGUAAAAAUUAUGUUUUCACAUAUUCCUUUGACAACAAAAUGGACAAAAUUUACAGAUAAAGUCAUUAAUGAGUUCAAUAGUGAAUUUAUAUUCUCGGCUCAUGAUCAUACUUCUUUUAAUUUCAUAAGUGAUAUUAAAAAAAGAAAACAUACAUAUGUUCAAAGGCUUGGGCAUAACAGCUUUGAUGAAAUGUCCAAGGCUCAAUGGAGGUUUGGACAACAAUCAUCAAAUUCAGUCAGUGAAAUAAUUGUACCAACUUGUUCGUAUAGAAUGGGAUCAAAGAAUAUAGGAUAUGGUGUAUUAACAAUUGGUAAGAGAUAA